CCGACGACUUGCACUCGAGUAUAGAUAUCCCCUCCCAAUGAAAUGUCUCGCCGAUUCAAGCAAGCUAUCAAAGCACUAGUCAGCUCACAAGCAGGUCCUUCCUCGAUCUGCCCUUCGGCGGCGCGACCACCGACGUGGAGCACAAACAGCCGGCGUGCUUGGACGCCUCCUCCUCGAUCGGGAUGAUGGUGGAUCCACUGGGUCUGGUGACCGCGAUCCUGACGGCGGUGCAGCUGAUCAGGAGCGCGGCGUCGACGGCGAGCCAGAACAAGGAGAAGUGCCUGGAGCUCGCGGAGCGCGUGAAGAACCUGGGCGACGUCCUCCCCAGCUUCGCGCACGCGGCAGCGAACGAUGCGGCGACGGCGCGCGUGCUGGAGAGGCUCAAGGACGCCGUCGGCGAGGCACUCACGCUUAUCCAGUCCUGCAAAUCCGCCGGUACGUUCUCCGGUAAGUACAGCAGCAGGAAGGCCGGCGACCUGGACAGCGUUGACAAGCGGAUCAACAACUGCAUCAUGGACCUCAGCCUCAUCAACCAAGCUCGCAUGAACGGCGGAGCAGCAGCUGGUAAUGGGGAUGGCAAAGUCCCAGCAGCUCAAGCUGGUGCACAUGUUGACCACCACAGCUCCUACUAUCAAGCGCAAGGUGGAGGUGCCUCCACCGCCCAUGUUGCCUCGCCACCGACGCCGACGCUGCAGCACGCAUGGAGUACACCACCGAGCUACUACCAGCAGCCACCCCCGACGCCGACUCUGCAGCACGCAUGGAGUACACCGCCGAGCUAUUACCAGCCACCCGGCUACGUUCAGUAUGUUCCAGCUGGUCCUCCUCACUACGCAGCUGCUCCAGCCCCUCCGGGUUCUAAUCUAUCUUCUUAUUGCACGCUUCCAACAGUCAACAAGAUCAUCAAGCGUGUGUUCCGCUAGUUCUCGUCGCACUUUGCGUCAUCUUCUCUUUGAUUUUGUUGUAAAUUAGUUGAACUGUAUGCCAAUGAGUUUGCUCCGGCAUCUCGUAAGUAUGAUUUCGUCUCAUAAGGUCAUUUAGGGCCUGCUGAGUUUUUCC